AUGGCCGCGAUAUGGCCGCGAUAUGGCCGCGAUAUGAACCGUUCCCACGCGAGCACUCUUGCAGUUCGAGAGAACAUCCCGGCUCUGGGCAUCUUCCGUGCCGUCGCGCAUCUCAUUCGCGCCAUCCGGCAACUGUUGCUGAGGCACUCCCGACUCUCGAUGCAAACGGAGGGAUGGAAGUGCGUCAUUGCUGAGCCGCGCAUCCUGCCAACGCAGAUUUACUCGGCCCUCGUCGUCGUCGGCAUUUGCGGAGCCCUUGCCACCAAAGUGCCGUCGGUACGGCGAGCAUCGGGUCGCCGAUCGCACGAGGGCAAGUCGAUAUCACAGAAAGAGCAUCUCGCCCCUCUCUUGCUGAAAAAACAAGACCCAGCCGCAGAUCAGGAAGAACAGCCACCGUCGCCACUCCCGCCGUUGUUGCUCGAGGAAUACCCUCCUCUUGAUACGGACGCAGCCUCAUCCCCAGGAUCCACAAUCGAGGCAGCGACUUUGGAAACAUCCAAAACCGCCUCCGACGUACACGGCCCACAAAUACCCACCAGUCCUGCGACUGUCUGUGACCAAAGCGCCUCCGUGGCAGCUCUGAAUGUCCCAGCAGCCGGUGAUGCAAAUUGCUCUGCUCCCAUAACGUCGCCAGCAGCAGCAAUCCCACCGCCAUCAACGCCCGUCCCGCUCGUGCCCUCCAAAGACAUUACAGCAGUCCCCCUCAACUCGGUUCCAGUCAUGCCCAUUACUCCGGACAGCUACAGCGACUGUGGGCGAUACAGCGACACUGCAAGCAACAGCGAUACCAUCACAAACACAGACAUGGGCGACGAAGUACCCAAGACCAACACACCUAUGCCCCGCAGUUGCUCUGGAUCGGUCUGUUCAGACUUGUCCGCGCUGGACGACAGCCCCACCAGCGGCAUGCCGGCCCCCACGGCCGCAUCCAAGCACAUUCGGUCCAGCCGAGGCGGGCGUGUAAUGCGGCACUGCGUAUAUCGAACCUGGAAAAAGCAAGACGACUCGGCCAGUAUCAACGAGGUGCUUCUGCGGCUGGAGAAUCUGUCGCUUUCGACAAGCCGCGUGCUUCCUCCGUCGUUCAUCUCCCGAAGCAAGCCCUUUGAUGAAGAUGCGCCGUAUAUCGACACUGACGGAAGCCUUUCUCCUCGGUCGCAACUCUCGGGGCCGGCGCAGGACACCCUGAACCUGAACGAGCUCCUCGAGUCGUUGGGCAAGCUCAAUCUCCAGAGCUAG